UAGAAAAAGCUAUGAGUAAGCAAACGGAUCCAAUCAGAAAGAGACCGUUAGAACCAGAAAAAACCAGUUAGGACCAUGUUGGGUGUCUGCAUUGUAGACACAAAGUGAGGGUACUACUUCGUCUGCUCUUAACUUCACGCUAUUAUUCCCAAUUACGACUUCUUUUGCUCUGAUUAUUAAAUUUCCUUUGCUAUCGUUUUCGUUUCUCUGUAUUUUACUAUCCUAUGUUUUCUUUUUAAAAUCAUUUUUCAUUUAACUUAUAGCCUACUUUUCUCAUUCUAUAUUCCUUUUUCUCUCAAAUAUACUCGUUUCUUUGCUUUCUCUUUUUUCUUCUCUUAUCUACUUCGGGUUGACGUUUUAAGUGGCAGAUAGAUUCAUACAUAACUGCAACGUACAUGGCGGUGUUUUCCUUUCAUUAACAACGAAAUAAAUGCAAUCAAUUACAUUUCAAUCCUUUCCACCAGUGUAGAUCAAAGAUUUCUUUAAAAUCCAAGAGUAAAUGUUAAGAACAAGAUGACAACCACAACUCUUAGAAGUAUUUAUUUAUUUACAUUUCAACAUUACGUCAAUAUGAAUGUGCUUCUCAUUCAUUGUUAAUUGGGUUUUGUAAAAUAUCAAAAAUAAAGCAAAACAAUACACACAUAUAUGGAACUAAACUAACAUUCUAUUACUGGUUUCAGACAUUGGGUUGUGGUCAUGCUAGGGCACCGCCUAGACAGGUAGUAGUCGAUCCCGCUAUUUUAACGAAUUCUGUCGAAACGCGAAGUUUCUUUUUUAUGUUACUUGUUAAUCUUCAAGUUUUGUGAAUGUUGGCUCUGAUCGAGAAAACCUAUAAUUAAAAGCGUUCUGGCCAGGAUCACUUCGUUUCUUUUUCUUCUUCCAAGUAAUACAAUUACAUUAUUCAUCGUAUUAAAAGAUGGUAAUAAGUCAUUUAAAAGAGAUUCAGCUGUUAUUUCUGGCAGGUCUAUCGCCUGAGUUAGAGCACAUUGUUGAUUUUAGGUGUUCCUGUCAUAAUCACUCUGUCUCUUUUUCUGACGUUAUACUACAUUAUUAAAUGUAGUCUUCUGUUUAUUUACUGAAGACAGUACGGCGUUACUUCUAGAAGGUCAAUCAACCAAUUCCAACAGGGUCUGUUGACUAUUUAUAUAAAGUUUGUGAUGCGAUUCAAACAUUCUCAUUCCAUACUUCGUGUCCAACACACUUCUCUUCUACGAAAGUGAUUUCGUCUAUGCAAAUGUUAUCGACGGAAUAUUUCGAACGAGGCUCCGAGCAGACACGGAAAUGACCGAAGCUGGUUGGCAUGUACCAGUUUCAACCGGUUGCAAAGGGUUGCCUUACUCAGAGGUGUCGUCGAGACGGAGUGGACUAGUAACGGCUCUACUGAUGACUGAGUGACAGAAUGCCACCUAUCAUAAUGAAUAACUUGGCAGAAGAAGCUGCUAAACUUUUAGAUUUUAAUCAGAAACUUGAUAUCAACCUUUUGGAUAAUAUCGUAGCAUGUAUGUACACAGGAGAAGGGCCACAGCAACGCAUGGCCCAAGAAGUCUUAACAACUCUUAAAGAACAUCCUGAUGCAUGGACUCGUGUGGAUACUAUCUUGGAAUAUUCUAGCAAUCAACAAACUAAAUAUUAUGCCCUACAAAUAUUAGAGAAUGUUAUUAAAACCAGGUGGAAAGUACUUCCACGACCACAAUGUGAAGGUAUUAAAAAGUACAUUGUUGGUUUAAUUAUCAAGACCUCAUCUGAGCAGCAACUUUUGGAGAAAGAAAAAGUGUAUUUGGGAAAAUUAAACAUGAUUUUAGUUCAGAUUUUAAAAUAUGAAUGGCCAAGGAACUGGCCAUCUUUCAUUAGUGAUAUUGUUGGUGCCAGCAAGACAAAUGAGUCCUUGUGCCAAAAUAAUAUGACUAUUUUGAAAUUAUUGAGUGAAGAGGUAUUUGACUUUUCCAGUGGUCAAAUGACCCAAGCAAAGGCUAAACAUCUCAAGGACAGUAUGUGUAGUGAAUUUUCACAGAUCUUUCAACUCUGUCAGUUUGUGAUGGAUAAUUCACAAAAUGCUCCCUUAGUUGGCUCCAAUCUUGAAACACUGCUGAGGUUUCUAAACUGGAUUCCCUUAGGAUACAUCUUUGAAACUAAACUCAUUACUACAUUAAUCUGUAAAUUCUUGAAUGUACCAAUGUUCCGAAAUGUAACUCUGAAGUGUCUUACAGAAAUAGCUGCUGUACAAGUUUCCCAAUAUGAUGAUCAAGUUACACAGCUAUUUACAAUAACCAUGGAACAGUUAAAACAGAUGUUACCCUUAGACACAGUUAUCAAAGAUGCUUAUAGGAAAGGGACUGAUGAUGAACAAAAUUUCAUUCAAAAUCUUAGUUUAUUUUUGUGCACCUUCCUAAAGGAACAUGUUCUACUCAUAGAACGUAAGAAUGAGUAUCACAAUCUUUUGAUACAAGCUCAUCAUUACUUGAUUCGAAUUUCUGAAGUGGAUGAAGUGGAAGUAUUCAAAGUAUGCCUGGAAUAUUGGAAUUCUUUGGCAGCUGAUUUGUAUCGCGAAAGUCCAUUUUCAGCAGGUUCAACACCGUUGAUGUUUGGUCGAUCUCAUGGUGAAAUACCCAUUAGGAGACAGUUCUAUAUGUCAGUGCUCUCCCGAGUACGAGCUGUCAUGAUUUCUCGAAUGGCAAAACCAGAAGAAGUGCUUGUUGUAGAAAAUGAACAGGGUGAAGUUGUUCGUGAGUUUAUGAAAGACACCGACUCCAUCAAUCUAUACAAGAAUAUGAGGGAGACACUAGUUUACCUCACUCAUUUAGAUUAUGUGGAUACAGAGAAUAUAAUGACUGACAAGCUUCACAAUCAAGUAAAUGGCUCAGAGUGGUCAUGGAAAAAUUUAAAUACGCUUUGUUGGGCUAUUGGUUCAAUUAGUGGUGCUAUGUAUGAGGAUGAUGAGAAACGGUUUUUGGUUACUGUAAUCAAGGAUCUCUUGGGAUUGUGUGAACAAAAGCGAGGCAAAGACAAUAAAGCCAUUAUUGCAUCGAAUAUCAUGUAUGUUGUUGGACAGUACCCACGAUUCCUUCGAGCACACUGGAAAUUUUUAAAAACAGUGGUUAAUAAGCUGUUUGAAUUCAUGCAUGAAACACACGAUGGUGUACAGGAUAUGGCUUGUGAUACAUUUAUUAAGAUAGCUCAAAAAUGUCGCCGCCAUUUUGUUCAAGUUCAAGUUGGAGAAGUUAUGCCAUUUAUUGAGGAAAUCUUAGCCACUAUCAAUACUAUAAUUUGUGACCUUCAGCCUCAGCAGGUUCAUACAUUUUAUGAAGCUGUUGGAUUAAUGAUUAGUGCACAAAUAGACCAAGUUCCCCAGGAUCAUUUGAUAGAACGGUAUAUGUUGUUACCCAAUCAAGUAUGGGAUGGUAUAAUCAACCAGGCAACACAGAAUGUAGAAGUUCUAAAGGAUCCUGAUGCUGUGAAACAACUUAGUAAUAUUUUAAAAACAAAUGUUCGAGCAUGUAAGGCUUUAGGGCAUCCAUAUGUGUUACAGCUUGGACGAAUUUAUUUGGACAUGCUUAAUGUUUACAAAGUGAUGAGUGAAAAUAUUAGCAGUGCAAUUGCUACAAAUGGAGAGAGUGUUACAAAACAGCCUCUCAUCAGAAGUAUGCGAACAGUAAAGAAAGAGACCCUCAAACUAAUUUCUGGUUGGGUCAGUCGAUCUGCAGAUCCACAAAUGGUUGCUGGUAACUUUAUUCCCCCAUUGCUGGAUGCUGUACUAUUAGACUACCAGAGAAAUGUACCUGCUGCUCGAGAACCAGAAGUUCUUAGUACCAUGGCCACUAUAGUUAACACUUUAGCGAGCCAUAUAACAGAAGAAAUUCCUCAAAUAUUUGAUGCUGUAUUUGAAUGUACUCUAGAUAUGAUUAACAAGGAUUUUGAGGAAUUCCCAGAGCACAGAACCAACUUUUUCUUAUUAUUACAAGCAGUCAAUUUCCACUGUUUCCAAGCUCUAUUGGAUAUUCCUCCAGCUCAAUUCAAAUUGGUGUUGGAUUCAAUUAUCUGGGCUUUCAAGCAUACAAUGAGGAAUGUGGCCGAUAUUGGGCUUGAUAUACUUUAUACGUUGUUGCAAAAUGUAGCACAACAUGAAAAUGCAGCGCAAAGUUUCUACCAAACUUAUUUUACAGAUAUCUUACAACAUAUAUUUUCAGUUGUUACAGAUAGUUCACAUACUGCUGGUUUGACAAUGCAUGCAACUAUUCUUGCUUACAUGUUUAGCUUGCUUGAAGCAAAUAAAGUCACAGUUUCUUUGGGGCCUAAUAUACAAAAUACACAAAAUAUUACAUACAUUCAACAAUUUUUGCUGAAUCUUUUAAAGGCAGCUUUCCCUCACUUAAAUGAGCCCCAAAUCAAAGUUUUCAUUGAUGGCUUGUUCAGUUUCAAUCAGGAUAUCCCAGCUUUUAAAGAACAUUUAAGGGAUUUCUUGGUGCAGAUACGUGAAUUUGCUGGUGAAGACAACAGUGAUUUAUUUUUGGAAGAACGAGAAGCUUCUAUCCGACAAGCUCAAGAGGAAAAACGGAAAAUUCAGAUGGCAGUUCCUGGUAUUAUUGGUCCACAUGAAAUUCCUGAAGAAAUGCAAGACUAAUCUGAGGAGCAUUUGGUCAUUUGCUCUUGUGAUAGUUUCUCUGGAAUUUGGUCUCAUUGCCUAAUAUUGGCUUUAGCUGCUAUUCCAAGCAAUCCCCCUCUCAUCUCUUUAUUUCUUUCAUUUCACUAUAUUUUCCUUGUAAGUCUACUGUAUUUAAUGCAAUCACAUCUUUUUGUUCUACCAUCAACAUAUAGUUUUGGGUUACAAAACUCCUAGUUCUUAUCAUAAUGUACACGUUCUGUUUUUAAAAAAAAACAACUGACUAUUGACUAAUUGUUCAGUGACAUUUGUAUACUUCAGCCAUUAAACUGGACCAUAGAGAUUAGUUAAAAAAAAGAAAAAGAAAAUGAACAAAUUGUUUUAGAUACAUUGCCAUGAUGUACUCUCUCGUUCUACUUAGGGUCACUAUUCAUAUAUGCAUAACUUUGGAGUAUAUUUAAACAAUGAUCCCUGACUGUUGAAACUUAUGAGGAACAAAAUUAAGAGUGGUUGAGUAUAAUGACAUAUCGUAUAUGACAAUAUACUAUAUGAAGAAUUGAAACUUUCAAAUGCUAAUGGGUAAAACCUUUUCUUCCUUUUUUUAAUUUAACAUUAUUGGUAAGUUAAGAAAGCUGGGUAGAUAUAUUCUUUCAUUAGAAAUUAAAUAUUGUCAAUUGUUUAGUUUGUAUUUUUUUUUUUAUUUUGCAUUUAAUUAAUUUUUUAAUUAAUUUUGCUAUUGCUUUACAUAAGAUUCUCUUAUUUUAAAACACUUGCUUAAUGGAAAAUAGGUUUAUCAUAAUACCUUUUCUAUGUGGAUAUGGGACAUCGUGAAUAAUAUACCUAGCUAAAGCUAAAAUUAAUUCCUCUCCCCACAAGAAAAAGAAAUUAACCUCUUAGUUCUUUUUUUUUUCUCAUUUAUUAAUAAAUCUGGCCUUGUAACAUUCUAUUUUUUUGUGAAUGUUUUAAUAAUGUCUAAUGUUUUCUUCAUCUUUUCAAUCGUUCAUUUUUAAUUUAUUUAUCAUUUCUCUUUACAAUGGUAAAAACAUACUUUCACAGAAUGUCAGCAUUUAGUUGAACUAAUCUCACUAGCAUGUACUUCUGCCAGUGUUUAAUUGCUUCCAACAUUUCACACCUAUUUUCACCAUAUAUGCCUCCUCAUCAACACCUCUAAGCAUUUUUGUCCUACAUCUGAUUCUUUGACCAUCUGAAACUUCUCAUUAUGACCAUCACAAAUAAGCAUUUUUUGUAAGAAAAUAACAGCAAAAGUAUAAAAAGAAGUAAAAAAAAUAAUACUAUCUUGUUUUCUUUUCUUAUUUUUUCUAAUAAAAUCUUCAAAAUACCAAAAAUAUAAGAGGGGGAAAUUACAAAAUUUUUCUUUUGAAUCAAAGGAAAAAAAUAAGCAAAAUAAACAAAUAAACAAAAAGAAAGAAAAACCAAAAGAUUACAACAUUUUUCUAAUCAUGUUUUAAUUUUUUCACUACUUUCUUAAACAUUGUCUUUGAAGAAGAAAAACUGAAAAAAAGCAAAACAAUUUUCAUUUUUAUAUACCCAUCUCCAAUAAUUCAUUUCCUUUUCCAUUGUGAUGUUAAAAGUUGUUAUUAAAAGCAAAAUUUAGAAAUAAACCAUAGAUAUGAGUAAAUUAUAAAGAAUUACUUAGCAAUUUGAAAUUAGUAAACAUUUAAUUGCAAUUAACUGAAUGGCAUUUUUUUUUACUUGAUAAAGCUUAAAAACAUUUCUAAGUCUUCAAUUGAAAAAAUUCAGCCUAAAUUUAUUGAAACAGUUCUGCUUUGAUAACUGAUGUUGAAUUUUUUUCCUCCUGUUGUAAAUUGGUAAAUAGUUUUACAAUUUAGUAAAAUAAUAAUGAAUAAUUUUUAUAUUCUAUGUUUUAAAUAAAUUAUUUCCUUGUUUUCUUUUUACAAAACUUGAAACUUGGUCAAGUGGUGUGUUUAGAUUAAAGCUGCAUCAUGUAUUUACUCAUAUGUUGUGAAAAAGGACCAAUGCGUUUUUGAAUUUCAUUUAAGAAAAUAAAAUAAAAUAUUUGAUUGGAAA